GCUCAGGUGACUCCCCCUCGCCCCCACCCCCUAGCCAUCAUGGCGGCACUCAGAGCGUCCGCAUCUCUAUGGAACCUCCUGGGCGGUUCUGUGGGUGCUGAGCCGAUCUGUUUCCAGGUCCGAGCACGGCUCCAGGCCGCCGCCCAGUUCCAGCCGCUGCCGGGUCCCUGUGUGGCGGGAACGCCAUGCCGUCGGCUCUGCUCCGAGACUGGAUCUGGCAGCCCAGCGAUCAAGAAACCUACAUUUAUGGAUGAGGAAGUCCAAAACAUACUCAUCAAGAUGACAGGUUUGAAUUUGCAGAAGGUUUUUAAGCCAGCUCUCCAGCAGCUAAAGCCACCAAAAUACAAGCUGAUGACCCAGGCCCAGCUGGAAGAGGCUACAAGGCGAGCAAUUGAGGCAGCUAAAGUACGGUUAAAGAUGCCGCCAGUUCUGGAAGAGCGAACACCCAUAAAUGACGUGCUAGCCGAAGAUAAGAUUUUGGAAGGAACAGAAACUGCCAAAUACGUGUUUACUGAUAUUUCAUACAGCUUGCCACACCGGGAGCGUUUUAUUGUUGUCAGAGAACCAAGUGGCACAUUACGCAAAGCCACUUGGGAAGAACGGGACCGGAUGAUACAAAUCUAUUUUCCCAAAGAAGGUCGCAGAAUUUUAACACCAGUAAUUUUCAAGGAAGAAAAUCUCAAAACCAUGUACAGUCAAGACCGACACGCAGAUGUCCUUAAUCUCUGUGUUGCCCAGUUUGAGCCAGAUUCUGCUGAAUAUAUCAAAGUUCAUCAUCAGACUUAUGAAGAUGUAGAUAAACAUGAAAAGUAUGACCUCUUACGUUCAACACGGCACUUUGGUGGGAUGGCUUGGUAUUUUGUAAAUAAAAAAAAGAUUGAUGGUUUACUGAUUGACCAGAUUCAGAGAGAUUUAACUGAGGACGCCACCAGCCUGGUGCAGCUGUACCACCUCCUCCAUCCAGAUGGCCGGUCAGCACAGGAGGCCAGAGCACAAGCUGCUGAAGGGCUGCAGCUAAUCAAGGUCUUUGCAAAAACAGAAGCACAGAAGGGAGCAUAUAUAGAAUUAGCACUGCAAACAUUUCAAGAAACAUUCAUCAGCCAUUCUGUAGCUUCUUAAAAAUAAGUAAAUUUCAUUUUAUAAAAUGCUAAAACUUGUGUUUCUCUCCUAAUGAACUGAAUGUGUAAAAAUGUCAACAUUAAAAGGUGCUGAUUUGCA